CCACCAUAUCCAAACUAGUGCAACCUUCCUUAUACACCGAUUUUCAUCUUGUUCAUACAUUGACUAUACAUCUACUCUCUCAACCAAAUUCAUCGAUACUUUGGACAAUUUCUAUUUCUUCAAAUAUGAGCGAUACAAGGACAGAAGGUCCUGAGGGAACACUUCCGUUGACUCGGCAUCGGGAUCUAAAAUUAGUGUUGGAUACACCGAAAGGUAUGUCUUGUAUUUCUUGUCUAUCUGUCAAGCAAUCUGCGAGUAAAAAGAGAUGGGACCAAUGUUCAAGCGAGAAAGAAUAUGUUCGAGACACAUCGGCCUGCUGUUGUGCUUUUACCAACAUCAGACUUUCUUACAACCGCACAUGGCAGAGGAGUCUUUGCAGCAGCCCGGAUACCAGCCCACAGCAUACUAGAAACCUGUCCAGUCCUAGUCCUAGAUCCCACAGAAAACAAACAACACAUAGAAAAAACCGACCUAUUCCACUACACCUAUAAUUGGCCCCUCCUCGACCCUUCCACAGGAAGACAAAUAACAACACAAGCCGUCAUCCUAGGUCUAGGCAGCAUGUUCAACCACUCUACAAAUGCACAAAAUGUGGGUUGGGAAAGAAAUCUCAAUGCGGGGGUUGUGGUGUAUAAAACGCUUAGAGAUGUGGAGGAAGGGGAGGAAUUGUGUAUUUCUUAUGGUGAUAGGUUGUGGUUUGAAGAUGCGGAUAAAGAGAUCGAGGAGGAUGAGGGGGAUGGGUUGGGGGUUUUGGGGGGUAUUGAGAUUGAGGGGGAGGAUGAGGAGGGGAAAUGAUUUGAGGUGGUGUCAAGGUUGGGGCGACAGGGUUUAUGCAAUGGGGAAGUAGUAAUUGAUGCGGCUUGCAAGGCGAGAAGGAAGGCGAGAAGGAAGGCGAG